ACGCGACUGGGAUAAAGGCAAAGCGAUGCAGAAGUUCAUUCGACUGCUGAAAGAAAAUCGUUUAUCCCAUACAGCAACGCGCAACGCCGCCGCGUCUACAAAUAGCCCGCGUAGCGGCGGAAGUGCUCGUGCUCCGUCGCCUCCGCAGGGCAUAGAAUAGAACACGAGAGAUCGAGCAGCACGCGCAGAGGCAUGGACGGGCAGGGGAAGGAGGGAGGUGGAGCGGGGAGCGAGUACGAGGUGGUGGCUAGGGCCUUCGUGGACUACUACUACCAGACGUUCGACACCAACCGCGCCACGCUCGCCGCGCUCUACGGCAACACCUCCAUGCUCUCCUUCGAGGGCCACCUCGUCGCCGGCGCCGAGGGGAUCGGCCUGAAGCUCGCCCAGCUGCCCUUCGAACAAUGCCGGCACUCCAUCUGCACCAUCGACUGCCAGCCCACGCCGUCCUUCCCGGGCGGCAUCCUCGUCUUCGUCAGCGGCAACCUCCAGCUCGGCGGCGAGGAGCACCAGCUCAGGUUCAGCCAGAUGUUUCAGCUGGUGCCCAACCAGCAGGGAAGCUUCUUCGUGCAGAAUGACAUCUUCCGGCUCAACUACGGAUAGCAUGGUAGCGUGCGAUUGCCGAACGGAUGUGGAUGCUUGGAUGCUUUGGUCCCUGAUGGACGCGAGGCACUUGCUUUCCGUCUUUUCCUUUCUCGCUUUUGUUCUUCUUUUACAAAUUAGGUUCAUGUGGCAUCCUGAAUAAAGUUGGUCAUGGCCGUGGUGCAAGUCAGACUGAAUUUCCAGUUUUUUCCACUCUGUUACCACUUAUCAGAAGAGAUCAUUUUGGGGCAACUCUGAUAUGCUGCCGUACUGUUU